AAACACUUGAUGUUGAUAUGAAUCAUAUGAUCGAAUGUGUGUAGGUGAACUGAACAGCUGGCAAAUGAUACGGAUAUAAAAAAAUCUUCGACUUGCCAUUGUAUUGGCAAUCUGCAUUUGCAGAUCAGCAAACAUAAACUCAAAUAUUGAAAGAUGUCUACUGGAUCAUUUUCUGAAAAUGGUCAAAACAUUCUCAACGAAGCUCAAGUAUUAGCAACUUUGGCCGUUAGUUAUGAUCAACAAAAAGAUUAUGAAGGGGCCAUUUAUUUUUAUAAUGAAGCGGCCAAAAACCUUAGAAAAUAUGUCAAUCAAGAUGGCGUUAAUACGAAUGAAGAAAUCGACAAAAAGAUUUCUGAUUACGAAAAACGAUCAAACUUGUUGCGUGAAAAACUAAACCAAAUUUUGGAUAAUGAGCAUAAAAAUCUUACAAUCAAAGAUGAAUCGGAUUGCAGCGUGCAGCGAUUAGAGUUUCUACUUAAAGAAGCUUUGAAUGAAGAUGAAGAAGGUGAUACUGAUGAAGCAUUACCAUUAUACUUGAUGGCUAUCGAGACUGGUCUAAAAGCAAAAAAAGAGAUUAAAGAUCCGAAAUUGGGUGAACGACUUACCUUGAUCAUUACUCAAGCUUUGGAACGUGCCGAAGCAAUCAAAGGUGUUAAUGUCAAAAAGAAAGAAUUUAUACCUUUGGAAAAAAAAUUGAAUAAAAGCCUAUCUAUUGAUGAAGAACCCAUGAUUUCGAUUUCGAAAAGUGGCCACAUAGUCAGUGGACAUGUUUCUUACACGAAAGAUGAGAUUGAAGUAUUAAAAACAAGUUCUAACAUCAAUGGAAUAGAUUAUGUUCCAUUCAUAGCUCAAUUAGAUUCAAAGGAAAGAUUCAGCACACUUUCAUUGUUUGAAGACCCAAAUGGCUUAUUAAAACUUUCGUUGAAACAAAAAUCUAAUUUUAUUGGUUAUCGACGGCUUUCGGAAAUUGCUGAAAAUCCGGUUAUAUUUACUAAUUCUAAACAUAUUGAUUGUUUUGCCAUCAAACAAACAAUCGUUACUGAUUGCUCUUUUAUCGCUUCAUUGACUGUUGCAGCUCUUUAUGAGAGAAGAUUUGGAAAGAGAUUAAUUUCCUGCAUAAUUUUCCCACAGAAUAGACAUGGAGAACCAGUUUAUAAUCCUUGUGGUAAAUAUAUGAUCAUCUUGCAUUUGAAUGGUAUUCUACGUAAAGUCAUUAUUGAUGAUCGAUUACCAGUGGGCCAUUACGGACAACUAAUGUGCUCAUAUUCGCAGAAUAAAAAUGAAUUCUGGGUAUCAUUAUUAGAAAAGGCAUACAUGAAGGUGAUGGGUGGAUAUGAUUUCCCGGGUAGCAAUUCAAAUAUUGAUCUGCAUGCAUUGACCGGAUGGCUUCCAGAACGAAUAUCACUAUCAGAAUAUAAUAAGGAGAAUUUUUUUCGUCUUAUUUCUCGGCGUUAUACUGCUGGCGAUGCAUUGAUUACAUUUGCAACUGGUGAUAUUUCCGAUUUCGAAAGCGAACGUACUGGAUUAGUAUCAACCCAUGCAUAUGCUAUGCUUGAUGCUAAAAGUGUUAAUGAUCAAAGAUUGUUUCUAUUGAAAAAUCCAUGGAGUCAUGUACGCUGGAAAGGCAAAUUCUCUGAACGUGAUUUGACCAGUUGGACUGCUGAAAUGAAAAAAGCUUUAAAUUACGAUCCAAAUAGCGCAAAAAAUUUCGAUAAUGGAGUAUUCUGGAUCGAUAUUGAUUCAUUAUUUAAAUUUUUUGAUGUUUGUUAUCUAAGUUGGAAUCCGGCCCUAUUCAAAUAUUUUUACUGUACUCACGACAUUUGGAAUGCCGGUGUGGGCCCAGUCAAAGAUUUAUAUUACAUGGGUGAUAAUCCUCAAUACUCACUUAAGAUCACAAAUCCGGAUAGUUCAACGUGGAUCGUAUUGACCAGACACAUUAUGGACAGAGAUGAUUUUGCCAACAACAAAGAGUAUAUUGCACUUUUGGUGUAUAAAAAUAAUGGCGAAAAAGUUAUAUUGCCAUUUGAACCAAAGCCUUAUAUUGAUGGUGCUCGAAUUAAUUCACCUCAUUAUUUGUGUAAGAUUAUUGUUGAUAAAAACAAUCCGGAACUUCGUUAUACAUUGGUUAUUUCCCAAUAUGAAAAAUCUUCAACAAUUUUAUACACUCUUCGUGCCUAUUCAUCUUCACCUUUCACUUUGAAAAAAAUACCUAACAUUUAUCUUUACAAAGAAAAAGUAAUGAAUGGAAAAUGGACACAGGAAACUGCCGGUGGUUGUCGUAAUCACCCGAAUACUUACCAAAAUAAUCCUGUCUAUCAAUUAGUACUCGAAGGUAGUUCACGAGACAGUGAUAAUGAAGUGAUGAUCGAAUUAAGAGGUCCGAAAUCAUAUGCAAUUGGUUUGGAAGUCAUAACAGUAUCGGUAUUGAAUCAAAAUUCACCUAAUUAUUUUCAACGCAAAGAUACUGGAUCAUUUCGUUCCGGCUGCACUUAUUUGAGGCUGAAAUCAAUUCCGACUGGUACCUAUCAAAUCAUCCCUUCAACUUUUCUUCCUGGCCAAGUUGGUCCUUUUUUUAUAUAUGUUCACUCUACUCAUCCAAUUAAACUUAAAAAAAUCAAGUGAUAGAAAAUUUGAAAAAAACUAUAAAUUAAAUAGCUAUUUACACCUACAUGGUGCUACUCAAACUU